CGUGGACUCUUUCUUCGAUUUUGGCUGACUCUUCUUUCACCGUUUCCUUAGAAUUUCUUCAUCUCAUAAACACCAAACACAACACACACUUCUUUGUCCCUCUCUCUCUAUAUAUAGAUAUCAACUUUCUAGGGAUUCCAAGAUCAUAUAUCUUACGUAUAGUGAUGGGUUUCUCAAUGUUCUUCUCCGCCGAAAACGACGUCGUCCACCACUCCUCCCCUUAUGCUUCUGUUGACUGCACUCUCUCACUUGGAACUCCCUCCACUCGCCUCUGCAACGACGAUGAUGAACGUAGAUUCUCUUCUCAUACCUCCGACGCCACCUUAGGUUGGGACUUCUUGAACGGUUCCAAGAAAGGCGGUGGAGGUGGCGGACAUAACCUCCUCGCUCGCCGUUGCGCCAACUGCGACACCACUUCUACUCCUCUUUGGAGAAACGGUCCAAGAGGUCCCAAGUCAUUGUGUAAUGCGUGUGGAAUCCGAUUCAAGAAAGAAGAGAGACGUGCAUCGACCGCCGGAAACUCUACCUCCGGCGGAGGAUCAACGGCGGCUAGAGUUCCAACUUUGGAUCAUCAAGCAGGUGCAAAUUAUUAUUAUAACAGUAAUAACCAAUAUGCUUCAUCGUCGCCUUGGGUUCACCAUCAUCAGCAUAAUACGCAAAAGAUUCCAUAUUACUCGGGGGCGAAUAACGAAUACUCAUUCGUUGAUGACGUCAGAGAUGUUGAUCAUGACGUCACGACCGACCCGUUCUUGUCUUGGAGGCUUAACGUCGCGGACCGGACCAGCCUUAUCCACGAUUUUACGAUGUGAUGAGUGAUCAUUUCAUAGAUUUUCCCCUCAUAAGUGUUAUAGCCUUGGAUACCUUUUAGCAAAAAGAAAAGUCUUAGCCUUGG